CAAUGAUAGAAAUAUAUAACGAUCAUGAUACAAAAUGUAGCAAAAAUAUUAAUUUAAAACUAAAAGGGUGGCGCUGUUCCGUUAGUAAAAUUCCAGACCAUGAACGUCAUGACAGUGACUCGCUGCCAUUACGGCAGAUCGUGAAUCAGCCGGACAUUUCCGUGGUGUUGAAACGCCGCUCGGAAAACACACUCCUAGUUUUUUCAAAUAAUGCUGGAAUAUCGUGUGGAUUAAAACUAUAUUAAUAUGAUAGAGGUCGAUGAUCAUCACAACAAAUAAUCCUGGAUAUCUGCAUUAACACUGAUCUAAACACGGACAACAACACGAUCCUUUGUAACAAUGGAGUCUUGCAGAAGGUACGUGCUGCUCGUGGUUCUUGUUCUUUUUUCCUUCGUUCGUAACAUAUCGACAUCAGUGAGUCAUUAUUCAAUACCCGAGGAAAUGAAAGACGGAUCAGUUGUAGCAAACCUCGCUACUGAUCUCGGCCUGGAUGUGAAAACACUGAAUCAGAGGAAGAUGCGUCUGGAUAUCAUCGCAAAUAAGAAAUAUCUGGAUGUGAACAAAGAGACUGGGGAACUGUACAUUGUCGAGAAGAUUGACAGAGAAUAUAUUUGCAAUUACAAAUCAUCAGCGUCAUGUUAUCUCAAACUGGAAGUAAUACUAGAAAGCCCAGUAAGAAUAUUUAAUAUAGAGGUAGAAAUUCUGGAUAUAAACGACAACGCCCCUCAAUUUAGAAGAGACGCGAUACACUUAGACAUUUCUGAGUCGACGCCAAAAGGAGAGAGAUUCUCUCUCAGUAAUGCAGUUGAUCCUGAUGUCGGGAGCAACUCGGUGAAAACUUACCAUCUGAGUGAAAGCGAACAUUUUAAUAUUGAAGUUCAGACCGGAAGAGAUGGGUCGAAAUUUGCUGAAUUAAUCUUAAAAAAGACUUUAGACCGGGAGCAGCAGGCUGUUCAUAAUUUAAUACUCACAGCUGUAGAUGGAGGAACACCUGCUCGUUCUGGUACUGCCAGUGUUAUUGUUCGUGUUUUAGACACAAAUGACAACGCUCCUACGUUUGAUAAAGCGAUUCAUAGUGUAAAUAUAAUGGAGAAUUCCCCCAUAGGAAGUCUUGUUAUUCAUCUGAAUGCAACGGAUUUGGAUGAGGGGUCAAACUCUGACAUAAUUUACUCAUAUAGUUUAUAUACGUCAGAGAAAACACAGGAAACAUUUAAUCUGAAUCCUUCCACUGGUGAAAUUACUGUGAAGGGAAUGUUAAACUACGAGGACUUCAGGAUUUAUGAUAUGGAAGUUAUAGCAACCGACCACGGAGCCACUAGUUUAUCAGGACAAUGUACCAUAAAGAUUCUGGUUGAAGACAUGAAUGACAACCACCCAGAAAUAUCUAUUAAAUCAUUUCAGAGUCCAGUCAAUGAAAACAUAGAAUUAGACACAGUGAUCGCUGUGGUUAGUGUCAGUGAUAAAGACUCUGGUGACAAUGGAGUGGUUGAUCUUCGUAUUCCAGAUAAUAUGCCUUUCAAACUGAGAGAAUCCUCUGAUAACUAUUAUGAAUUAGUGGUGUCAGAGCCGUUAGACCGUGAGAAGGUUCCUGAAUAUGACGUCACUUUCACCGUCACAGACAGAGGUUCUCCUCCUUUAUCUGACAACGAAACUAUGACUUUAGAGCUGCUGGAUGUUAAUGACAAUGUUCCACAGUUCCCUCAGUCGUUUUACACGAUACGUGUGAUGGAGAAUAACGCACCUGGGGCCUUGCUCAGUUCACUCACUGCCUUUGACCCUGACCUCCAUGAAAACCAGUAUCUGGUUUAUUUCAUCCUAGAGAAGGAGAUAGCCAACACCUCCAUGUCCAUGCUGUUCUCCAUCAACCCAGAGAACGGUAAUCUUUACGCACUGAAAACUUUUGACUAUGAGAUCGAGAAGCAGUUUCUUUUCCACAUCGAGGCCAGAGACUCCGGUUCUCCUCCACUCAGCAGUAACGUCACCGUCCAUAUUGUUAUUGUGGACCAGAACGACAACGUUCCGGUUAUCGUGUCUCCGUGGCGCGCUUCGGUGGUGGGGAAGAUCCCCAGAUCCACCGAUAAAGGCUCUCUAGUUGCCAAGGUGAUCGCACUUGACACAGACUCGGUGCACAACUCUCGGAUUACCUACCAGUUUCUACAGGUGACUGACGCCACCUUGUUCAGUCUGGACCAAUACAACGGAGAGAUCCGGACUAUGAGGAUGUUCAGUUACAGAGAUCCGCGCCACCAGAGACUGGUUGUUGUUGCCAAGGACAACGGGGAGCCCGCUCUCUCUGCCACAGUCACCAUCAAGCUGUCCACAGUGGAGACUGUCGUUAAGGCCUACUCUGACAUGACUGAGGUGCCUCUAGAGUACGACAUCUUCUCAGACCUAAACCUGUAUUUGGUGAUCGGUCUGGGCUCCGUGUCGUUUCUCCUGCUCAUCACCAUAUUGGUCACCAUCGUGCUCAAGUGUCAGAAACCCAAGCCCAGCAAUGCGGCUCCUCCCUGCAGGAACAGUGUGAUCAGUGAGAGGAACUCCACCAUCGCAGAUUCCACUCUGGUCUCCAACGAUGCCUACUGGUACAGUCUGUUUCUGGCAGAGACCAGGAAAGGAAAGAUGGUGGUCAGACAGCCUGUGCCAAAGGGCUCCAGAUACAUCGUGUCCAGUAUACCGAGAGGAACAGGACUCACAGACACUAGCGACUCAGCAGCUUCUACUCUGCAGGUAGGAAAUCAAAUUACACUUAAAAAAUGCCCACAUCAUUUAUUAAUAUUGAGCCGUAUGUUGCUAUAUACUCUGAACAUUUUGUAGUACGUUUCAUUAGUU